AUGAGACGUGCACCAACAGUUUAUUGCGACGGUGCAUAUGAUUGGAAUCGAGGCAAAGCUGGAAUUGGAGUGUUUUGGGGGCCUGCAGACUCGAGGAAUUUAAAUCUGUCACUUACGGGCGAUAAAGUGACGAACAUUCGUGCUGAAAUUCAAGCCGUCAAUAUCGCAAUAUUACAGGCUCAUCGUUCAAAACUGAAUCGAAUCUACGUAAAAACAGAUUGCGCCUUUGUCGUUAAAGUGAUAAAUUUAUGGCUGGAGAAAUGGCGUUUGAAUAGUUGGAAGAAGGCAUCUGGAGCAGUGCUUGAGAACGUUGAGGAUAUCAAACGAUUGAGUGAUCGACUGAAUUUAGUAAAGGUACGCAUCGAGCAUAUAUAUGGACACCAGAAGGUGGAUGUGAAGAAGCUGAUGGCCCAUAAAGACCAGAUUGCUUGGAGAAAACUGACGAGUGAAGAACGAGAUGCGUUGGGUAAUCAUGAAAGUGAUCGACUUGCCCAACUGGGUAUUGAUCAACCGAUGAUGAGCGAUACUGACUUCGAGUCUUUGGCUGGUGCAGUUGAGAGUGCAUCAUGA